UUUAUUUCCAACUAUAUAAAGCUCCUCCUCCGUGGACUCCAUUUCCUGCUCACCUUAAACCUUAACCUCUCUCUCUCUCUCUCUCUCUCUCUCUCUCUCUCUCUCUCAUGGGUUCAGACUCGUCUUCCACGGUUCGUCUCAAUAUAGGAGGGAAGAAAUAUUACACUACUGUUGAUACUUUGACUCAACGUGAGCCUAAUUCCAUGCUUGCUACAAUGUUCAGUGGUUGGCAUACUGUGUGUCUAGAUCCUGAAAUGGGAUGUGUAUUUGUUGAUAGGGAUGGAAAACAUUUCCGACACAUCCUUAAUUGGUUAAGGGAUGGUGCUAUUCCCACAUUAAAACACACUCAAUAUUCAGAGCUUUUGCGGGAAGCAGAAUACUAUCAGCUACCAGGACUUGUGGAGGAAAUCAAUGCUGUCUUAAGUAGAAAGGAGGAUGAAGAAGAUUUAACUAAUGAACUGACACGUCAUGAUGUCAUCAAAUGUAUACAGUCAGAAAGAGUUAGAUUUCGGGGUGUUAAACUUUCUGGCCUUGAUCUUUCAAAACUGGAUUUGUCUUAUGUGGACUUCAGCCAUGCUUGUCUUAGAAAUGUAUUCUUCUCGCGUGCAAACCUACAAAGUGCCAAGUUCCGGGAUGUGGAUGCUGAGGGUGCCAUCUUUCAUAAUGCAACUUUGCAAGAAUGUGAAUUUACAGGGGCCAAUCUGCGCGGAGCUUUAUUAGCUGGUGCUAAUCUUAGGAGUGCAAACCUACAAGAUGCUUGUUUAAUCGAUAGUAGUUUCUGCCAGGCCGACCUUCGUUCUGCACACUUACAGAAUGCAGAUCUUACUAAUGCCAAUUUAGAAGGAGCUAUACUAGAAGGAGCCAACUUGAAGGGGGCGAAGUUGAAUAAUACAAAUUUGAGGGGUGCAAACCUUCAGCGAGCUUAUUUACGACAAGUAAACUUGAGAGAUACGAAUUUAGAAGGUGCAAAGCUUGAUGGUGCAAAUUUACUUGGGGCAAUCAGAUAACAACAUUAAAGCAUUAUUAAUAUUUGAAUCCCUUUGAGAUAUGACAACUUUUAUGAUAUCCCUAAAAUACCCUCAUUUACAUCAUCGGACCACCCAUCGGGCCACCCAUCAGACCAUCCAUCGGACUCAUCGGACCAGAUCUGCUACCAAUUUUUUUUUUUUAUGUUUUUGUACAUACAAAAAUGGGCAUUUUACAAAAAUACUGGAUUUGGGUAAUACUUUUCAAUUUUACUGCCACACGGCAGAAUUAACAUUUA